CGUGGAUUUUCAUUCAGCCUCUUCUCACUAUCAAAACUGACGUUUCUCUGCGCUACGGGCUUUUAACUUUUUUUCAUUUUCGGCCGCAUAUUUUUCAAUCUCACCAAGGUCACUCGGUGUGCGUUUCGCCUCGGCUUAAACUACGGGAGACUGUGUCAAAGGUUCCGAGAUGAGUAAGACUGGCAAAGUGUUGAAUCUCAAGGAUAAAAUAGACGGAAAUGAAGUCGAUCUGAGUCUUUGCAACCUGACCGAAGUGCCGGUCAAAGAGCUUGCUCUGUAUCCCAAAGCAACCGUGGUGGACUUGUCGUGUAACAACAUCCCCUUCCUUCCUCCAGAGUUCUGUAACCUGACGCACCUGACAAAGGUGGACCUCAGUAAAAAUCAACUGACCUGUUUGCCAGAUGACCUUGGGAACCUGGUCAACCUCCAACACCUGGACCUUUACAACAACAAGCUGAGUGUGCUGCCUGUCAGUUUCGCUCAGCUGAGGAGUCUGAAAUGGCUGGAUCUGAAGGAUAACCCUCUUGAGGUGGGUCUGGCGAAGGCAGCAGGGGAUUGUCUGGAUGAGAAACAGUGCAAACAGUGUGCCACCAAGGUGCUGCAGCACAUGCGAGUCAUUCAGGAAGAGGUGGAUCAAGCGCGAGAGAAACAACUCCUGAGACAGAGAGAGCUGGAGAGAAAGAAGGAGGCAAAGCAGAAGGAGAAGGAGGCCAAACGGAAGGAGGCUCGUAAACGGGAGAAGGCUGAGGAGAAAGAGAAGAGGAGGCAGGAGUACAUGGCUCAGAUGGCGGCGCAGGCUUUACAAGAGCAGCAACAGAAAAAGAAGGAGGAGAAGGAGAAGAAGAAGAAGAACGGACAAACACCAGCAGUGAAGAAGGCCACAGUGAAACCUGCACCCAAAGCUCAGCGUUCCCUCCUGAGCCUGGUGUUCAAACUACUCUUGCUGCUCCUUCUGGGGCUGGUAGGAACAGCUGUUGCAUGUCGCUUCACUGACCUGCAGAGGGCAGCAACGUGCGUGCCGAUAAACAGCGCUGUGGACGACUGCUUCUCCUGGGCCCAGAAUCAGGAGGUGGUGGUUCGACAGUUCAUUCAGAACAUGUCGUCUGCUGCCAAAGAGUUUCUAGAAUCAACACAAGUGUCGAAGAACUAAACCUACCGGGAUCUGUUUUUCAGUCCUGUGGUGUUGAGAGACUGAGGAAGAUGAAUGUUGGAAUCGUUCCUAUGGAAUUGUCUUGUACUCCUGUUUUUACUAACAUUAACCACCAGCAGAAUGGCACGAGUAAGCAAUGAUGUCAUCCUGGGCAGUGACGACUAUGUUCACUUCCUCUGUCUUAACCAGCUGAUGUCCAUUCUUGCAUGCAAACUGGAGAUGAAUUCCACCGUUUUACUUUUCUUGGGUCACCAAAGUUUAAUAAAAUGUAGGCAGAUGUUUACAUUAUUACACUGUCAAGAACUGACAGAGCUAUUUUCAUCACAUUUGAUUCAUCAGGCAGUUGCAUAAAUACAGUAUGUUUCAAAAACAGACUUGAUCAAUAGAUCUGAAAACAAAAGCAGAUUUGCAAAAACAGUAAUGAAAUGUGACAAUACAGGGGACUAUACUUGAAAUACUAUCGCGUGCAAUGAAAUGGAUCCAUCUGCAUGUUAAAAAAAAAGUCAAAAAACAUUACAUAAAGGAAGAAAGUCAAUAUUUCUAUGAAUCAUUAUGGGCUGUGCAUACUGAAUUUCCAGUCAUUCAAAAUGAAUUAUAAAAACAUAAUUGUUUAAAUGAUCACCGCAAAGUUUUUGUUCAUAAUUCAUCUGGAACCAAAGGUGGAAACAAGGGGUGAGAAGAUUUAAGACAUGUACAAUUAAAACUCUAAAUACAAAUCGAACACUUCAGUUCCUCUGUUUGAUUGUUAAAAUAGGAUUUUACUCUCCAAUUUAAAAGAAAUAAGCCUUAAAGUGCAAAGCAAGAUUAUAAUUGUUUUAUUUUCUGCAAUCAUUGCUCCAUUAUCAUCUGUACCAACAAAAAUAAAGAGCUUUGCACUGCAA